AUGAAAGUGAUACGGAAAUUGCAGGCGAUGCGAAUAGAUACGAAACGAGGCGUCGAGUAUGCGCCUCAAGCCGUGCCCGCUCAACAACAACGUCCGGCAAGCACGUUCAGCACAAAUUCGAGCGCAUCUCGCCAACAUCCAGCUCGAACGAGACGUGAUCAACCGAAGGCGAUCAUGAGCCGAAGUCGACAUCUGUGUGCGGCGAAUAGACCGUAUUUAUCGUGUUUCAAUAUACCCGGAUGUCGUGAUGAAUACGUGGCACACAUCGCUUCGGUGGUAUUUCACGGUAUACACGGUCGUAUUCAUCCGAUACAAAUGUUCCUCGCUCAUCGUGGCUACGCUCUUCAGUUGGUUCGUUUCCGAAGUCGUCGUUGUGGUGAAGCAGCGAAAUGUGCAUGCAUGGAUACGAAUAUCCACGCAGGGGUGGUGUACUGUAACGCUGGAUGUGAACACUUACUUGAUCAAAUGACCAAUGUGGAUAUCCCAAACUAUCAUCACUACUCGUCAUCAUCAUCAUUAACGCCGUUUCAUUUCAUGUCUAUUGUCAGUGCUAAGUGCUUGAUAUUCAGUGAAUUGCUCUUCGUCAUAUUUAUGCUCAGAGAGGAUGUUCAAUGUCUUUUAACCUUUACGAAUGGAACGGCAAUUCGGCAGUCAAUCCACAGAGGCGAUGAGAACGAGAGGGUGUAA